AUUCAGCAGGUUGAGGGUAUAUAGUCGGUAUAUUAUCGGGCGAUAGGAUUCAAUUGCAGACUGAAGUCACUGUCAACAGAAUUGCUUCCACUUAGCGCUGCCCGGACUAUGGGCGACAUGUCUGCGUCUGCAGCAGCUACAAAUCGCUCGUAUUUAACGAGAAGUCGUUUAUGUUCCCUCCGCGGAGACUUUGGCCGGCGUCAUCUCAGCGAUCAGCCUCUAGAGGGCGCGUGUGAGUCGCGUCUCCAAGCGAAAAAAAAGUUUACAUGUCUGAAAGUGACGCAAAGAUGUCUUAAAGAGCCCUGUGGCGGUGGAUUUAUCUGCAGAUCAGACCAUGUGAGGGGGGAUUGGUGUACAAAAAGCUCUGCAACAUGCUGAUCCCUACACUGUUGCAGCUGAGAUCUCAAUGAGCAGGUGGUGGAGUGGGGACAGCACAGCCCUAGCCUGGAACACUUUCAUACCUGCUUCUUGCACAGGGGAUACUCAGGGUUUGGCAUCUGAAGACUUGAAAGCCCCUUCCAAGCAACAAAGGUUAUAUUUAUUCACCAAAGUGCCAAUGGGAAUCAGCCAAAACUCUACAUAAUCAAGAGGAUGGACAGAAAACCGACCUGCAUGGAGAGCCCAUCCCUUGGUUCUGAAAAGGAACCUCUGACCUGCAGGGCUCGGUCAGAGUGUAAAAAGGACAGUCAGCUACUGAGGAACUGCAAACCCUCAUUGCGUCUCUCUGAAGAGCUCAACAAGGUGCAUCCCAGUCCAGGAGAACGAGGAGAACCAGGGCAUAUAUCCAACAAAUACUUGGCUGUGCAGAGUCCUGAGGCCCCUUGCAAUGGCAUGAGAAAUGGCGGCGAUGAAGGCUCAGCCCCUACGCUUACUGUCCUUCCAGCUUGUAGAGCUGAGAUACAGCAUCUGCAAACGGAAAAAGGAGAGAGAGAGACAUGGAGUAAAAAAAUUGACUUUCUUCUAUCUGUUAUUGGAUAUGCUGUGGACUUGGGAAAUGUGUGGAGAUUUCCUUACGUCUGUUACCAGAAUGGAGGAGGGGCAUUUCUUAUCCCAUAUGUGAUCAUGGCUGUUUUUGGUGGGAUCCCAUUGUUUUAUAUGGAGCUGGCCAUAGGGCAGUAUCACAGGAAUGGUUGUAUUUCUAUAUGGAGAAAAAUCUGUCCCUUAUUUAAAGGAAUUGGCUAUUCUAUCUGCAUGAUCGCUCUUUAUGUAGCAUUUUAUUACAACACCAUUAUGGCCUGGGCCCUCUACUACCUCAUGUUCUCAUUCCGCUCUGAGCUGCCCUGGACCAGCUGCCUCAAUGAGUGGAACACGGCCAACUGCACCAACUACUUCCAAAACAGCAGCGUCAGCUGGUCCAACAGCUCCAUCUCCCCAGCGGAGGAAUUUUACACCCGGCAAGUGCUUCAGAUACACAAGUCAAAAGGUCUGCAUGAUCUUGGGGGAAUAAGCUGGCAGCUCACUCUCUGUCUGCUCCUCAUAUUUACGGUCGUCUACUUCAGCAUAUGGAAAGGGGUGAAGACAUCUGGCAAGGUGGUGUGGGUUACUGCUACGUUUCCUUACAUUGUGCUUGCCCUCCUGUUAAUACGAGGAGCUACGCUUCCCGGUGCUUGGAGGGGAGUUCUUUUCUACCUGCAGCCCGACUGGGAGAAGCUUCUAACGACUGCGGUUUGGGUGGAUGCUGCCGCACAGAUAUUUUUCUCUCUUGGCCCAGGCUUCGGAGUAUUACUGGCAUUCGCCAGCUAUAAUAAAUUCCACAACAACUGCUAUCAGGAUGCUCUGAUUACCAGCACAGUAAACUGUAUGACAAGUUUCAUGUCUGGGUUAGUCAUUUUCACUGUCUUGGGCUACAUGGCAGAAAUGAGGAAUUUGGAUGUCUCAGAAGUGGCCAAAGAUACAGGUCCCAGCCUAUUGUUCAUCACUUAUGCCGAAGCCAUUGCAAAUAUGCCGGCGUCAACCUUCUUUGCCAUUCUAUUCUUUCUGAUGCUAAUCACUUUGGGGCUGGAUAGCACGUUUGCAGGGCUGGAGGGGGUCAUAACCGCAGUGCUGGAUGAAUUCCCACAUAGAUGGGGAAAGCGCCGAGAGCUGUUCGUCUUCCUUCUGAUCUCGGCCUGCUUCCUGGGGGCCCUUUCCACGCUAACAUUUGGUGGUGCCUACAUGGUGAAGCUGUUUGAGGAAUAUGCCACUGGCCCCGCAGUACUGACAGUUGUGUUUCUGGAGGCAAUUGCUGUGUCUUGGUUCUAUGGAAUCAACCAGUUCUGCAGAGAUAUCAAGGAGAUGCUGGGCUUCACUCCUGGAUGGUUCUGGAAGAUCUGCUGGGUGGCUAUCUGCCCCUUGUUCCUCCUGUUCAUCAUUUGCAGCUUCAUGUCCAGCCCUCCGGAUCUACGGCUCUUUAAUUACCAUUAUCCCAGCUGGACUGUUGUGCUAGGCUAUUGCAUUGGGACGUCCUCGUUCAUCUGCGUUCCUGCGUACAUGGUGUACCUACUCACAAGCACUCCUGGCUCAAUAAAAGAGCGCUUUUUGAAGAGCAUUACCCCAGAGAUAUCUACAGAAAUCCCCCUCGGUGGCAUCCACAUGAACGCUGUUUAACCCAAAGGAAGCCUCUUCACCAGUCCACUUUACAAACUCUACAUACUCCAUUCUGUGCCUAAGGGAAACUCACACCAUGGACUCUUCACCAUUCAUACUCCUCCACUUAUGGAGAUUCACUUCCCUGAGAGGCAGGUUGCACUCAUUUCCUGCUGAAUAUUUUCAACGGAGAGUUGGCA